AGGACACAAGUAGAUCCACAGAGGAAACCCUCGCGCAUCUCCGCCACCGACCAUGGCGGGCGCUCUCGCAAUCGCCGUCGCCGCCGCCGCCGCCGCCGGUUCUUACGAUCGCGAUUGGGCGGGGCUGCCGGAGGAAAUACUCCUGAUGUUCAUGCGGGAGCUGGAGAUCCCCGACCUCGUCCGCUCAGGUGCUGUCUGCGUCUCGUGGCAUGCUGUUUACCUAGCCGUCCGCCGCCAUCGCUUCCCCCUUCCGAUCCCCCGGAAUCAGCUGCCCUGCCUGCUCUACGCAUGCCGCGAUUCCGCCGCAGACGGCGCCGUCGUCCGCUGCCCCUUCACCGGCGAUUCCGUCCAAGUCCCCCUUCCGCUGCCCCCGCUCACCCGCCAUUCCACGGUCGGCUCCGCGCACGGCUGGCUCGUCACCGCCGACGAGGCCUCGAACCUCCACCUUCUCAAUCCCAUCACGGGCGCCCACGCCGCGCUCCCGCCCAUCACCACCCUCCACCAUGUCGAGAGCUGUACCGACGCCGAAGGCCGCCUCACGUACAAUGUCAGGGCGGUGAUCCGGAGCCGAUCCCCUUUGACGCUCGCGAGGCCAGGGACUGCAUGUACCACCGUGUCACCCUCUCCUGCAGCCCGUCGGCUGGAAGCAGUUGCAUCGUGUUGCUGGUGCACAUGCCGGACGGCGAGCUCUCUUACGCCCGGCUCGGCGACGAGCGGUGGACGUGGAUCUCCCCUGACGACCACCAGCUCAUGGGCAUCAGCUGGGGCUUCAUGGACUCUUUCUACAAUGAGGACCAAGAUCAUGCGCAGAGAUAGGAAGGGAAAGGAUCCUUCUAGCAUGUACAUCCUGCAAGCUCCAUGGGGUGAUAUUUUGCAAAUAUGGAGGUGGAGGAGCUACACUGACUCGUCAACACCUGUGGAGCUUCCUAGAGAUCUGCUGGGUCACAACGAAGAUGAGAUAGACCGGUAUAUUGAGCUGAGAACAACUGAAAUAGAGGUCUAUAAGGUUGACCUUGAGAACCAGGCACUUGUGAAGUUGACAAGCUUAGCGAAUCAUGCACUAUUCCUUGAUUAUAAUAGCACCAUGUGUUUUGCCACGAAAGAUUUCCCAGCACUGAAGCCGAACUGUGUCUAUAUCACAGAUGACUCUCUUGAGUAUGUCAACAUGUGUAACCAUAACUGGCGAGAAAUCGGAGUUUGGGAUAUAGAAAACAAGAGCCUGCAGACUUUUGAUAGUGAUUUGCUUACUAAUUCCUGGAUGAACUGGCCUUCUCCGGUUUGGAUAACACCCUCCCUUUUCUAGUAAGUGACUUUUUAUUAGUGAUGCCAUUGUAGAUCUUGCACACUUGUUCUUGACUUUGAUUACUGUCAAUUUUGUUGUUGUAUUACAGCUUAAUAAUUUGAGUUGUUGUCCCACAAUUAUGUCAAUUCUCUCUAUAUAUUAAGUUAUGAACUUUUCACUAUGUAUCACUGCAUAAUUUUUGGCUUGAUUAUUGUCAUUUUUUUGUUGUAUUAUAGAUUAAUAAUUUGAGUUUUCCCCCCACAAUUAAAUCAAUUUUCUCUAUAUAUUAGUUCCUAUGUAUUAGUGGAUAACAAUUUUGGGUUCUGUUAACACCAUUCCAUUAAUCUCUUGUUAGAGCCAUGUAGUUUAUAUAAAGACCAGUCUAAUUCGCAUUUGGCAGCAUUGUGAAUGGCAAUAACUUCCUAUCCGUGUUUGGCACCAAAGUGAAGGAUAAUAAUGACAACUUUCAUGUGAUUUAACAGAACUCUACUGACAUAAGGUUUACACACUAGUAUUAAGAGCUCAAAACUUUUAUGCAGUGCUAUGUAGGAAAUAACCUGUUUUUCAACGGUAAUAUUCUUCAACCCGUGCAGGUGGAUGUGUUAAAAUUUUCAGUAAUACAUUAACUGUAAAGGAGGUUUAUUUUAACACAAGGGCGUGCUUUUUGAAAUUAUUACAGCUAAAAACCAUUACCGCCACUUCCUAUUAUGUCCAAGUUGUGGUCCUUGCCAAUUUCUUCGCACCAAGUAAAUCGAUCUGUUGUAUGCUUUGGUCCUCAGCAGUAAAUGGAGUUUCUUCCUUGCCAUGAGUGGUGUGGUUUGCAAUCUUAAAAAUGAUUCAAAAAUCCUGCUGAAUAGCUUAUUAUGGAAGAAUACAGAUCUUGGUAUUUUCAUUAAAGAAAAAUAACAAAAUGGCAGCACAGAUCAGCAUCAUGGUGUCAAAAGCUUUUUUUUAUAAAGGAUACAUACAACAGUAGAAUCCAGAGGAGAUGACACCAAGCAUGCUCCUCUUUCUGAAGCAAACUUCUUGUCUAUGUACACAAUGGUAGCAUGGAAUGGGCACUGGUAGUGCAAUGCUUCCAAGGCUUUCUACUGAGCCAUAUAUUUAUGCAGUAUGUACAAACCAAAGUAUAUAAUAUAUGCUAAGCUUGUGGCUAGAAUUGCAUAACUAAUCACUACAUAUAAUUGCAUAGAAACUAUCACAAUAGACGUGAAAGCAAUACAGAGACUAACAUUACUUGUUACUGCUGGGGAGUGGGGAUAGUACUCAUCUUUCUCCGCUGGAUGCACCAUCCGAGUAAAAAUAGACACCAUUACAUUUUUCUCUACACAUUAUGCAAUGGAACAGGGGUAAUAGAAGAAAGGGUCCCAUCAAAACCUUAUUAAAUUAUUGAGUCUAGCAUGUUUCUCUCUGUUUUAAUUACACCAUGGAACACAUGAAGCAAUUUAUCUUGGGAGAAGGGAGUACUCCUGCAAGGCAUAGUAUGUAUAUAUUAUAAGGAAAACACAGUAAAAUUCCAAUUGAAGUAGCACCCAGACCUUUUUAGUAUUUUACAUUUAGGGCAAAGCAAACAUGAAUAUCGUAUUUCUAAUAUUUGGAAUCACAUCAACGCAAUAAGCUACAUAAAUAAACAUGGAUAUUUUUAUCUUUAUUGAUUAACCUUGAAAAUCUGUAUGGAUUCAGUGUUUACUAAAUAGAACAAAAUCUUAAAAUGAUUUGUACAGUUAGUGAUUAUCCUUGGUAGAAGUUCUGCACUAUCGUUGUAAAAGGCAAUCUCACUAAAUAUAGCAGUAUCUUCUGUGUAUAAACCUAACAGCAUGCUCUUAACGGCUUGAACUUUUGCAUGAUAAAGCACAAAUGCUCCAGAAAGAUUGGCCAAUUAGAUCGCCCUGAUCGUUUAGAAUCAUAUAUAUAGUCACUUGCUUGAGUCAUGUGGAACACCAUGGCUCUCCCUGUUCUCAAAUAUCAGAUCAUCAUAAUGAAGCAAUGAUAACAUACCUGAAACAAAAGAUGAUGGUCUAUGAACAAUCAAAUAAGGUUCCCCUCACAGUUUAACAUCCAUACCUAUAUCCUGAACUUCCUUGAUCAUUGUGGAAAGCGGUGAUCAAUGAUCUCAAGUACCAAUUAAUUAAUCAUAUGAAUCAAUGAUCACACACCUGAAACAAAAGGCAAAAAUCAGAUAUUAGCUUGUAAUCUGUGGGCGCUCCUGUUGGCAGAAAACAUGAAGUGCUCCACCUCAAAGCUGACAUCCCAUUUCAUUUCAGGAACUCAACUAGCAGAACAAGGCACACAAAUUCUAAUCACAAAUGGAUUUUUCAGCUCAAUUAAACAACAAUCUAGAGCUGAAGUAUGUAUGCAUUGGACCCUAAAGACUUGAAGCCAUUGAAUAGCCGCUAUGAUGAUCAGAUUUCUUUUUUUGGUUCUAAGCUUCAGAAGAAGAUGCGAGACUCUAAUAUUUUUGUUGUGGGAUCUGGUGCUCUUGGAUGUGAAUUCUUGAAGAACUUUGCUUUAAUGGGGGUUUCUUGUGUUCGUAAAGCAUUUACAUUAUGGAAGAUAGAAAACAUAUAUGGGUAAAUAUGGGCUAACUAUAACAGAUGAUAAUGUCAUUGAGAAAAGCAACUUGAGCCGGCAAUUCUGUUUCAUGAUUGGAGCACUGGACAGGCAAAAUCUACAGUAUCCGCUAUAGCUGCUAGUGCUAUCAACUCCAGCUUCCAUAUUGAUGCUCUGCAGAAUCGUGCCUGUCCAGAGACUUGUUUUCAAUGAUGCAUUCUGGGAGGGCCUUGAUGCUGUCAUCAAUGCACUUGAUAAUGUCAUUGAGAAAAGCAACUUGAGCCGGCAAUUCUGUUUCGUGAUUGGAGCACUGGACAGGCAAAAUCUACAGUAUCCGCUAUAGCUGCUAGUGCUAUCAACUCCAGCUUCCAUAUUGAUGCUCUGCAGAAUCGUGCCUGUCCAGAGACUUGUUUUCAAUGAUGCAUUCUGGGAGGGCCUUGAUGCUGUCAUCAAUGCACUUGAUAAUGUAAAUGCCAGGAUGUACAUGGACAUGGGAUGCCUGUACUUCCAGAAACCACUGUUGGAAUCUGGAACGCUGGGUCCAGAAACAGAUGGUGAUUCAUGACCUUACUGAAAACUAUGGAGCUUCACGAGAUCCUCCUGAGAAACAGGCACCAAUGUGCACAGUUCAUUAUUUUCCGCACAAUAUUGAGCAUUGUCUAACGUGGGCUCGCUCAGAAUUUGAGGGUCUCUGCUAGAGAAAACUCCAAAUGAAGUGAACUCAUUUAUGUAUAAUCCUGCUGAAUAUGCUGCUGCUAUGAGAAAGGCAGGUGAUGCUCAAGCCAGGGCAUUGUUGGAGCGUGUACGUGAAUGCCUUGACAAGGAGCGAUGCGAUAGAAGACUGCAUAGCCUGGGCAAGACUGAAGUUUAAAGAUUACUUCUCUAAUCGUGUGAAGCAGCUAACAUUAACAUUUCCUGAAGAUGCUGCCACUAGCACUGGUGCUCCUUUCUGAACGGUGUCUUUUGGGAUCCCCAUACCGGACUGGGUGAAUAACAUGGAUAAUCCGGCCGAUAUAGUAAAUAAGGUUGCAGUGCGUGAAUUUGAGCCAAAGAGUGGGGUUAAGAUUGAAACACAUGAGAAGGCUACUAACCUCCAGUGCCUCAGUUGACGAUGAUGCUGUUAUCUAAGACCUUUUAACCAAGCUGGAAGCAUGUGCCAAGAGAACCUUCAGGAUUCCAAAUGAAGCCUAUUGAGUUUUAGAAGGUUGGCCUCAUUUUAACUACUUCUGAUGUGUUAGAAUAAGACUUUUUUUUCUUUGCCCUGGUUAUUUACAAAAAUCCUUACUCGUUUCACACUGAAAGCAAACAUGCAUAACUAAUGCAUAGGUGUAUAUUUGGUAAGAAAGAACAUGAACAUGGACUAUGUGAUUCAGUAA